UAAAACUUGGGGAGACUACUUCACCCUUUAAAAUUAAAAAUGGACAGUCUCGAGGCACCCUUUAAAAUUAUGGACAGUCUCGAGGCACCCUUUAAAAUUAUGGACAGUCUCAAGGCACCCUUUAAAAUUAUGGACAGUCUUGAGGCACCCUUUAAAAUUAUGGACAGUAUUGAGACACCCCAUUCUAAAAUGUAAAAAAACCAUUCUAUUAAUUUUAUAUAACGCAGCAACAUCCACACAUGGACACCCAAUGCUAGAGGGUAUUUAUACUU